AUGCCGAAAUGCGACUACUGCGAUGUCUACCUCACCCACGAUUCGAUGAGCGUGCGCAAGGCUCACAACAGCGGCAAGAACCAUUUGCGCAACGUGGUGGACUACUACCAACAGAUCGGCCACGAAAAGGCACAGUCCGUCAUCGACUCCAUCACCUCAUCCUACGCCGCUGAGGGCCAGGCACAUGCAAACCCGAUGCUUCCCCAAAACCAGCCGGGCAACGCUUUCCUGCCGCCGUUCCCGUUCCCAGCCGGCGGUCCUCCUCCAUUUCCUGGUGCCACGCCUGGUGCUGCUCCGGGCCAGUUUCCCCACGGAAUUCCCCCUCCUCAUGCUGGCGGCCGUGGCAUCCCCCCCAUGCCGCCCUUCCCUCCCGGUCCGAAUGGUCUCCCCGUUCCUCCUCCCGGGGGCUUGCCGUUUCCUCCGCCCCCUGGAGGCCUUCCGUUCCCUCCACCGGGGGCUGCUGGCGCGCCUCCAAGUUUUCCUGGUAUGCCGGGUAUGCCUCCUCCGGGGCAAGGCUUCCCCCCCGGCUCUGCUCCGCCGCCGGGCUUCCCGGCCGGGCUCGGUGCGCCUGGACAAGAUAGAAGGUAG